AUGGCGGCGGCGGGCGCGGGGGCCGGGCCCGGGCCCGGCGCGGGACCCUCGGCCGGCGCCGGUGCGUCCAACCCGCGCAAGUUCAGCGAGAAGAUCGCACUGCAGAAGCAGCGGCAGGCGGAGGAGACCGCGGCCUUCGAGGAGGUCAUGAUGGAGAUCUGCUCCACACGGCUGCAGGCGCAGAAGCUGCGGCUGGCCCACAGCCGGGGCCCCUUCUACAGCGGCUCCCUGCCCAACGUCAACCAGAUCGGCAGCGGCGUGCCCGACUUCCAGGGCCCGUCGCCGCUGGAUUCCACGCGCGGCACGCGGCACCACGGGCUGGUGGAGCGCGUGCAGCGGGACCCGCGCCGCAUGAUGUCCCCCCUGCGCCGCUACGUGCGCCAGAUCGACAGCUCUCCCUACGGACCCACGUACCUGUCACCACCGCCCGAGCCCAGCUGGAGGAGGACCAUGCCCUGGAGCAAUUUCCCCAUGGAGAAAGGACAUUUAUUCCGGCUGCCCUCGGCUCUCAACAGGACGAACUCGGACUCGGCGCUGCACACGAGCGUGAUGAACCCCACACCCCAGGACUCCUACCUGGGCCCCUCCCAGGCUGGGCCCCCCCCCGGCCGCCGAGCUGGUUUCCUGGACGGGGACUCGGACAGCAAAGUGUUUCUUUUCCAAGUGCCUCCCAUCGAAGAGAACUUCGAUGACAACAAGCACUCGCUGAAGCCCUGGGACGCCAAGAAGCUCUCGUCCUCCUCGGCCCGGCCGCGCUCCUGCGAGGUGCCGGGAAUCCACGUAUUCCCAUCCCCGGAUCAACCUGCCAACGUGCCCCUCAUGCCCUCGGCCCUCAACACGGGGGGGUCCCUGCCCGACCUGACCACGCUGCACUUCCCGUCCCCCCUGCCCACCCCCCUGGACCCCGAGGAGGCCCCGUACCCGCCCCUGAGCGGGGGCAGCAGCACCUCCAACCUGGCCACCACCAUGACCCACCUGGGCAUCAGCGGCAGCGCCGGCGGCGUCGGGCUGGGCUACGACCCCCCAGGACUCCCCUCACCUCUGCAGAGCUCCCUGAGUAACCCGUCCCUGCAGUCCUCCCUGAGCAAUCCCAACCUGCAGGCCUCCCUGCGCGGCCCCUCGCUGCAGGCCUCCCUCAGCAACCCCUCGCUGCAGUCCUCGCACAGCAGCUCCUCCAUCCCCUCCUCCCUGUCCAACCAGUCCCUGCCCUCCUCGCUGUCCUCCUCGCUCUCCAACCCCUCGCUGCCCACGUCCCCGCGGCCGCAGCCGCUGCAGUCCUCGCCCAGCAACCCCAGCCUGCCCUCGGGGCUGGGCGGCUCCUUCGCGGCCACCUCGCCCCGCCGGCGCGUCCCGCUCAGCCCCCUGUCCCUGCCCGCGGCCGGCGACUGCAGACGGCAGCACCCCAAACAGUUCUCACCAACAAUGUCACCCACAUUGUCCUCCAUCACCCAGGGCGUGCCCCUGGACACCAGCAAGCUGCCGGCGGAGCAGCGGCUGCCCCCGUACCCCUACGGGCAGCCGGGGCUGCUGCUGGGCUCCCAGCCCCCCCCGAGGGGCCCCGCGCCCCCCCCGCGCCCCUACAACCCCCCCUACACCCCCGGCACCCCCCUGGGGCAGCCCCUGGCACAGCCCCACGCAGCAGACUUCGGCCUGGGCAGCCUGGAGCAGUUCGGGAUCGGGGAGAGCCCCCCCGGGAACAGCGGAGGCUUCCCCGAGGAUUUGGGGGGGGCCCUGGGUUACCCCCCGAGCGAGGGGGGCUACGACCCCCCCGGCCUGAGCCGCCCAAACCUGAGCAACUGCAGCCGCCACGGCCCCAUCCCCAACAUCAUCUUCACAGGCGACUCGCCCCCCGGGCUCUCCAAGGAGAUCGCCACGGCCCUGGCGGGGGUGCCGGGCUUCGAGGUGGAGGGGGGCUCGCUGGGGGGCCUGGGGGGCCUGGAGGAGGAGCUGCGCAUCGAGCCGCUGACGCUGGACGGGCUGAGCAUGCUGAGCGACCCGUGCGCGCUGCUCACCGACCCCGCCGUGGAGGAUUCCUUCCGCUCCGACCGCCUGCAGUGAGCCCGGGCCGGCCCCGGGGCCGCCGCCCGCUGCGCUCCCGCUGAGGGACCGGGACAGCUCCGGGAGAGAACCGGGAAUGCACCGGGACAGCACCGGGAAUGCACCGGGAGUGCAACGGGAGAGGCGGGAACGGAUCCCGAACCCCAGAACGGAUCCCGAACCCGGGAACGGAUCCCGAACCCCGGAACGGAUCCCGAACCCCGGAAGGGAUCCCAAACCUGGGAACGGAUCCCGAACCCGGGAACGGAUCCCGAACCCUGGAACGGAUCCCGAACCCCGGAACGGAUCCCAAACUCGGGAGCGGAUCCCAAACCCCGGAACGGAUCCCGAACCCCGGAGCGGAUCCAAAACCCGGCUGCAGGGAGCUGCGACCCCCCCACCCAGCCCCACAGAAAUGGGCGGGGGGCUCCGUCCGGACCCUCCACACUGUGGCUGUCAAGGGCUGCGACCGCCCCCAGUGAGCCUGGGGGGGGGUCCGUGCCAAGCCCCCUCCCCAGUUCCCACCCUGGGACUGACCCUGUCACUGUCAUGCCAGGAAAAUCCUGGAAAAGUGGGGAGGGGGCUCCAGGCACGGCUCUCAAGGGCUCCUUCUGCUCCUUCCGAGGUUGGGGGGGUCCCCAGCACCCCCCAGCCCCCCUCUCCAAAUUCCCACCGGGUUCUCUUCUCCAGGAAACCCCCGGGACCACCUCAGGGUGAGGGAAUUUGGGGAGGGGGAGACAAUCCAGGCACCCCCCCAAACCAUCCUGGGGGGUUCCACUCAUCGCCCCCCCUCAAUUCCCACCCCCAGAGCCCACCUGCCACCGAACCCCGGGAAAUUUGGGGAGGGGGCUGCACCCCCGGGGGGGGCUGUACAUAACCCCGUAGGUAGAGACCCCCGGGGGGGGCUCGGGGGGGCUGCUUCUGCCUUUAUUUUAUCAUUUUUCCGGCUAAUCAUCAUCAUGUUUAAGGAGAGAUCCCGCUCCCCCCUCCCCAAUAUGUACCCCAAGCCCCCCUCCCCAAAUUACCCAGCUGCCGGGGACGUGUAGAAAGCACUUGUAACUUUGCCCCCUGCCCCCCUCCCCAAAAUUGGGGGGCCCGUCCGUGGGUGGGGGGCCCUGGGCCCCCCCCGGAGGGAG